GCCCGCGUUAAAGAGCCCGCCCCGCCGAGCGCAGGGGCGGCAGGUACACGUCCGUGCGCCGGCAGGGGUGGCCCCAGCACACCUGUACCCGGGCGAUCCCGGACCUGCACGCAGAACCGGGCCUCGAGCCGCCCAGCUUCUGGGCGGGAGUCCGGGAAGAAUCUCUGGGAGCCCUGUCAGCGCCCCCGGGAGCCCACCUACUGCAGGCGGCUUGUUCCGUUCCGUUUUCUUUGGCCUGGGUCUCUGAGCCGGAGCCACGGGGACUUGCCCUGUGCUGCGGGACCUGCGGACGCCGGGGACUGGAAGGUGUGCGGGCUCCCAGGACCCCUCACACCAGAGGAAGGCCCUCCGUUUUGGCCAGAAUGGAGCAGCCGCAGGGAGUUGAUUGGACGGUCCUCGUCCUGACGUGCCAGUAUAAGGACAGUGUCCAGGUCUUUCAGAAAGAGCUGGAGGUGCGGCAGAAGCGCCAGCAGAUCCCCGCUGGGACACUGUUGCUGGCGGUGGAGGACCCCGAGAUGCGUGUGGGCAGCGGAGGAGCCACGCUCAAUGCCCUGCUGGUGGCUGCUGAACACCUGAGCGCCCGGGCGGGCUUCACGGUGGUCACGGCUGACGUCCUGCACUCGGCCUGGAUCCUCAUUCUGCACAUGGGCCGAGACUUCCCCUUCGAUGACUGUGGCCGGGCCUUCACCUGCCUCCCUGUGGAAAGUCCCCAGGCCCCGGAGGAGGCCUUAGUUUGCAACUUGGACUCCCUGCUGGACAUCAUGACCUUCCGGCUGGGCCCAGGCUGCCCGCCAGGCGUGUGGGUCUGCAGCACUGACAUGCUGCUGUCUGUUCCUGGAAACCCUGAGAUCUGCUGGGACAGCUUCCGGGGAGCCAGAGUGAUUGCCUUUCCGGGGAGUCCAGCCUACGCUCUGGAUCAUGGCGUGUACCUCACUGACUCCCAGGACUUCGUUUUGGACAUUUACUACCAGGGCACCGAGGCGGAGAUACAGCGGUGUGUCAAGCCCGAUGGGCGGGUGCCCCUGGUCUCUGGAGUUGUAUUCUUCUCUGUGGAGACCGCCGAACGCCUCCUGGCCACUCACGUGAGCCCACCCCUGGACGCCUGCACCUACAUGGGUUUGGACUCUGGAGCCCGGCCUGUCCAGCUGUCGCUGUUUUUCGACAUCCUGCUCUGCAUGGCUCGGAAUGUGAGCAGGGAGGACUUCCUGGUGGGGAGGCCCCCAGAGAUGGGGCAGAGUGACGCGGCUGUAGCAGCUUACCUGCAGGGUGCCCGGGCCCAGCUGUGGCGGGAGCUUCGAGAUCAGCCCCUCACCAUGACCUAUGUCCCCGAAGGCAGCUAUACCUACAUGACCUCAACCAGUGAGUUUCUGCUUAACUUCACGCUGCCCAGUGGCCCUGGGGCCAAGAUCAUCCACUCCCAGGUGGAGGAGCCAGAGCUCCUGGAGCCUGGGAGCUGUGUGAUCAGCUGCCUGCUGGAGGGCCCUGUCCGACUGGGGCCCGGGAGCGUCCUGCGGCACUGCCACCUGCGGGGCCCCAUUCACAUCGGCGCUGGCUGCCUCAUGAGUGGACUGGACGUAGCUCAGUCUGAGGCCCUGCGUGGCCUGGAGCUGCGUGACCUCAUCCUGCAGGGACACCACACACAGUUGCAUGGCUACCCAGGCCGGGCCUUCACCCUUGUUGGCCGUCUGGACAGCUGGGAGAGACAGCGUCCAGGCACGUACCUCAACAUGUCCUGGAGCGACUUCUUCAAGAAGACGGGCAUCCGAGAAUGGGAUCUGUGGGACCCAGACACACCCCCUGCAGAGCGUUGCCUUCCCAGUGCCCGCCUCUUUCCUGUGCUCCACCCCUCGAGGGCCCUGGGCCCCCAGGACAUGCUGUGGAUGCUGGACCCUAAGGAGCAUGGAGGGGAGACUCUGCGGACCUGGCGAGCCUCCUGGCGCCUGUCCUGGGAGCAGUUGCAGCCAUGCCUGGAUCGGGCUGCCACGCUGGUCUCCCGCCGGAACCUGUUCUUCUGCCAGGCCCUGCGGAAGGCACAGCACGUGCUAGAGGCCCGGCAGGACCUCAGUCUGCGCCCGCUGAUCCGGGCCGCUGUCCGUGAAGGCUGUCCUGGGCCCCUGCUGGCCAGGCUGGACCAGGUUGCAGCUGGGGCGAGAGACCCGGGCGUGGCAGCGCGGGCGCUGGCCUGUGUGGCAGACGUUCUGGGAUGCAUGGCAGAGGGCCAGGGAGGCCUACGGAGUGGGCCAGCCGCCAACCCCGAGUGGAUGCGGCCCUUCUCAUACCUGGAGUGCGGAGACCUGGCAGGGGGCGUGGAGGCACUUGCUCAGGAGAGGGACAAGUGGCUGAGCAGGCCAGCCUUGCUGGUGCGAGCUGCCCGCCACUACGAGGGGGCUGGGCAGAUCCUGAUCCGCCAGGCCGUGAUGACGGCCCAGCACUUUGUCUCCAAGGAGCCAGUGGAACUGCCAGCGCCUGGGCAGUGGGUGGUGGCUGAGUGCCCGGCCCGUGUGGAUUUCUCUGGGGGCUGGAGUGACACACCACCCCUUGCCUAUGAGCUUGGCGGGGCAGUGCUGGGCCUGGCCGUGCGAGUGGAUGGCCGCCGGCCCAUCGGGGCCAGGGCACGCCGCAUCCUGGAGCCCGAGCUGCGGCUGGCAGUGGGGCCUCAGCAGGACGAGAUGGCCAUGAAGAUAGUGUGCCGGAGCCUGGAUGAGCUGCAGGAUUACUGCCAGCCCCAUGCCCCAGGGGCCCUGCUGAAGGCGGCCUUCAUCUGUGCGGGGAUAGUGCACAUCCGCUCUGAGCUCCCACUGAGGGAGCAGCUGCUACGUACUUUUGGGGGUGGCUUUGAGUUACACACCUGGUCUGAGUUGCCCCAUGGCUCCGGCCUCGGUACCAGCAGCAUCCUGGCAGGUGCUGCCCUGGCUGCGCUGCAGCGGGCUGCAGGUCAAGCAGUGGGCACCGAGGCCCUGAUCCACGCAGUGCUGCACCUGGAGCAGGUACUCACUACAGGGCCUGCUGGGCACAGCUGGGUCAGCAUUAGGGCUGGACCUUCAAUCUGCCCUCUGGCAAGCUGCCUUGCCCGGUCACCUGUGGCCAUUGAGGACCCAGUAGAGGCUAUGUUCUAGGGGAACAUUGUUAGCACCAGGCUUCCGUCUCCUCCUGGCCACCUGGAAUCCAUGCCCAGGGUAGAGCAGCCAGCAGUUUGUCUGGUUCCAGACCCUGAGGUGUUCUGUUUGCCCAGGCCUUGUCUCUGGCACAGCUCUGGGAGGACUGCCACAAGACGUGCAGAUGUCUGCGUAGGCUGCUUCUGUGGCUUUGUGGCCCAGCCCCCUCCUUUCACGGAGAUGACUCACAGCCUGUAAAAGGGGCAGAUGGGGAGACCACGCCACUGAUGAGGUGUCCCCUUGGAGUUCAUUUGGUCAAAUGACAGCUGUUUAUUCAGAAUCCACUCUGUGUUGGGCCUAAGGGAUACAUGAGCAAAAACAGGGCCCUUUCCCUCCAAAGUCUCAUGAGGGUAGCCUCAAAAUGUCAUGGGAAAAUAAGAUCGGCACAAGAACUCCCUUAUAUGAUUUACUGGAGGCAGAUGAUCAUUAACCAUGCAAGUGAAUAAAUUAUUCCAAACGGUGUUAAGUGCUCAGAAGGAGAGGGGCUCACUUAGGAGUCCUUGACCUUUUGGGCCCUCCACUGCCACUAUGUUUUGGCUGUAAAGUUUCAGAUGCCUUCUGCCAUUUGCAUUUUACACUUUAAAUCUUCUCAGGCCCUACCCCAGAUGUGAAAUCCCUGUCCCAAGGCAGCUCAACUUCAGUCAUUUUAAUAUAGCUGCAAGGGGAGACAAAAAGAAGAGAGCCAUACUGUUCCUAACUAAAGUAAGGUAUACACAUAGCUUUCAGGAGGUGCUGAAAAGCUCAUUUCCAACACAAACACUCUGGAUCAGAAAAAAAGAGGAGACCCGGUUGGGGGAGGCUUCGGCUACAGGCAAAGUGCUCUGUCACUUCCCUGGCUAUGACUCCUCUAGGGGGAGGGGUCAGUGUAAAAGCUUUCUCCUUCUCAUUCCAGCUACAGAUCAGCUCUGACCUAUGAUUCCAAGUCUGGCUCUGUAGUACAGCUCUUCCCCUUGCUGGGAACAGCCUGCUCCCAGGGCUGGGCAGAAGCCGCACAGCCCACCUGUCCCAACCGAAGUUAGGGAAGCUAUCUUCCCAUGCUGUGGUCAGCCAGGGCUGCAGGCCGGGAGCUUGUGUGAGGAGAGUGAAGUUGGGCCAGAUGUGCUCCAAUAGCGAGGGGCCCUGGGCUUGCAGGAGGUGGCUGGCAGGACCAGGUGGGUGGCCUAA